AAUAUAACCCUCUUCUCCCCUUAUUGUGACUUCCUCACUCCUCAUCCCUUUACUGGUAUUUCUUUACAUCGGGUUCCAAUCAUGAAGCUUCAACUCCUAGCCUACGCUCUUUCGGCUUCUGCCUGUCUUAUCCCCUCCGACUCAGUCCCCCACUCAGAGCGCGCUGCAGUUCUCGCCGCUAGACAAGCCACCCGCCCGGAACCCGAUUUCCCCAUCGGAACGGGUGAUCGCUUCAAGAAGGGCACUAUCGUCCCCAAAGGCCUUUCUACUUCAGACCGCAACCUCAAGUCCAUUCUCACUCCCGCUGAGGUUUCUUCCGCUCUUGAGGGUCUUGCUAAGAACUUCAAGGAGGUUGAACUCAUUCGUCCUCCCUACAAGACCUAUGAGGGUGUAAAGACCCUUGGUGCAAAGAUUGGAAAGAAUCCCAAGUUCUUCAUCAUUAGCGGUGCCCAUGCGCGUGAGCGUGGUGGUCCCGAUCACGUAGUCUACUGGCUCUCUGACCUUCUGCACGCUCGUAAGGCGGGUAAGGGUCUUAAAUAUGGCAAGACUACUUUCACUGCUGCCCAAGUCCGCAAGGCUGUUGAUGGCGGUAUCGUCGUCCUCCCCAUCAUCAACCCCGAUGGUGUCAAGUACGACCAAUCCACCAACUCAUGCUGGCGCAAGAACCGUAACCCCAAGAGCUCAAAGGGCAACCCUGAUGCGGUUGGUAUCGACAUCAACCGCAACUACGACUUCUUGUUCAACUACAAGAAGGCGUUCAACUCUGGUAUUGAUCUGAGCUCCGUUGCCUCUGAGGAUCCUACCAGUGAGGUCUUCCACGGUACUGGCCCCGAGUCAGAGCCCGAGACCAAGAACGUCGUCUGGGUCAUGGACAAGUACAAGAGCCUGAGCUGGUUUGUCGAUCUGCACUCUUUCGGCGGUGAUAUUCUUUACGCAUGGGGUGAUGAUGAUGCGCAGACCAAGGACCCCAAGGAGAGUUUCGCGAACAAGAAGUUUGACGGACGUCGUGGUGUUCUCGGCGACGCUGAGACCCCCAAGACUAAGUACAAGGAGUAUAUCACCUCCAAGGACAUCAACGUCCAGAAGAAGGUCGGCAACAGCAUGAAGAAGUCCAUGGAGAGCGCCGGUACCACAAAGUACGUCGUGCAGGAGGCUGUUGGUCUGUAUCCUACUUCCGGAGCCAGCACUGACUACGCCCUCGGCCGAUUCUACGGCAAGGCUUGCGGUAAGAGCAAGCUGCAGAGCUACACUAUUGAGUUUGGCGAGGAGAGUGGCUCGGCGGCUUGUCCUUUCUAUCCCAGCGAGAAGCAGUACCAUAUGUGGAUGAAGCAGGUCGCUUCUGGUUUGACUGAGGUUGCUCUCGCAGCUGCUGAGACCAAGCCUGAGGUUAAGAAGUGCGCAUACCCAGCUCCCAAAUAAGCCUAGACUGAGCAUUUCAUCGUAUAUAAUUAGUUGAAUGAAUCAUGAUUAUGAUGUUGACGUG